AUGGACAGAGACCGAGAUCGCGACCGAAGACCCUUCCCACGCGAGGACCAAUACGGCGAUGGCCGUGGUCAAUCCUAUCGUCCUCCUCGCUCUCCCCCACCCCGAUCAGACACUUAUCGUGCUCCUCGCUCGCCGCCCAGAGGAAAUGCCUACGUCGACUCGUACCGCGCGCCUCCAAGAAACCGCACCCGCUCGCCUUUACCUUUCCGCCGUCGCUCGCGAAGCCCUCCGCCUUUUCGCCCAAGAGAUGGUGGAGACAGCUACAGGGGUAGGCCUCGUUCACCACCGCCUAGAAGGGGUGGCUUCAUGAGAGACGAGACAUACCGUCCUCCUCCUGCCUCUCGCUUCCACAGAGACACUCUCCCUUAUAACACCCGCUCGCCAGUACGUGCACCUCGCGAUCGUUCUCCUCUCCCUCUGAAGCGCGGUCGUGAUGUCUCGCCCGCUGGCAGUCGCGGCCGAAGAUCCCCUCCCCCUCCAGCCAAGCGCGAAAGACUCGACUCUCCACCUCGUUCGAGAUACAAUGCCUACCCUCCGUCGAGAGAUGUUAGCCCUGGACCUGGACGCGACAGACGGGAGAUGCGUUUGACUCCUCCUCGUGGUGUCACUCGCGGCUACCGCUUGUUAUCGCGUUCUCCUAUGCAACACAAUGAGAACAUCAAUCCUCGCAAAGUUGACUGGAGACGUCGUUCGCCAUCCCCUGCAAGACCUCGUCCUGACCUCAUGUCCACUGAGAACUCUGGGCCUGGUUCCGUCACCAGCUCGAGACGCUCAUCUCCGCCGAUCCACCCUAGCAGGCUUGCUACAAUCGACACACUGCCCAAAGAAGAUUUAUUCCACAACCGCGGACCUCGUGCUAUCUCGCCAGCCCCUGCACCGCCAAGGUCACCUGUCGCCUCGAAACCUCGAUCGCCGAUCCCUCCCAGACCCAGAUUACCAAUUGCUCCGCCAGCAGACGUCCGCUCCCCUAUCCGCAAGCGUGAACCCACACCUCCACGUGAGCGCGAGAUUCCUACCGGACCGGCCAAUCGUGCUCCUCCGACCGGCCCGGCGAGACACGACGAAGUUCCUCAAGUCAGAGCGCCGCCGACUGGACCUGGAGCCUCGAGAUCGUAUGCGCAAGCAGCUGGCGAUGUACCCAUCCCUACUGGUCCCAGAAUGAGAGUCAAUUCGCCUCCUACGCAUCCAAGAGGAGGCAUGCCAUCCAGAGGCGGCUAUCAGAGGGACUACCCUCCUCGAGACUUUGGCUCGCGUGGAGAUUAUCAUGGUCCGCGUGGAAGAGGAGGACCUUAUGGUGGGCCGUCAUACCGUGGAGGCCGUGGUGGAGGCUAUGUUACGCAACAUAAUAGAGACCCAGACUUUGUCUCUGCACCACCCUCAGGACCUCGUGGUUCCAUGGGUCCGCAUGGUCCAGCUGCUUCAUUCAGAGGUGGAGCGCACAGUUCUGGCACUUACCCACGCACAACACGCUUUGCGCCUAACGGAGCGCCACUGCCUUCUGGUCCCAAAGCAGACAUUGUAAUGGGCGGCAUGGGAGAAGACGACAGAGGAGUCAAGCCUGUCAAUGUCUAUCUCGCAGACUUGCCCCGCAUUGUCGAUGGCGGAAUCAGAGCACCUGAACUUUACGACCGAGGACGCUUGAACAAGCUAGAGGAUGAGGCAGAGAAGCUGCGACAAGUCAUAGAAGACAAACAAGCACGCAAGCGCAAGGGCCUAAGAGAAUGGGCUAAGCUCAGCCGUGAGAGCGAGACUGCGAGUUAUAGAGCGCAGUUGGCCGACGAGAACGUGAGAGCACUCGCUGGGGAGAAUGACGGCGGCGCUGCAUACUAG